AUGUCGCAAACAUUGGAACUAGCUCAAACAGGCAAGCGAGACUUUCUGAAAAGCCUCGAAGUUCAGUACCAGGAGCGCUGGCAGAAGGAGAAACUUUUCGAGGUCAAGGCCCCGUCUCCGGGCGAGAUAGCUGGGCUUUCCAAGGCGGAGGUCCAGGAGAAAUUCCCCAAAUGGUUCGGCAACUUUCCGUAUCCUUACAUGAAUGGAUCUCUUCAUCUGGGACAUGCCUUUACAAUAUCCAAGAUCGAAUUCAACGCAGGGUAUCAGAGGAUGCUGGGGAAACGAGUCUUAUUCCCCCACGGGUUUCACGUUACGGGAAUGCCUAUCAAGGCGUCUGCAGAUAAAAUCAUUCGCGAGAUGGAACUCUUUGGCCCCGAUUUCGAAAAGUACGAGGAAGUUCACCAGGAUGCAGAAGACCAAAACGCCGCCUUAGCCACCGUAGAGACUAACGAGGCGCACAAGUCCAAAGCGAAGAAGGGCAAGCUACAGGCAAAGGCAACGGGUCACACCUACCAGUUCCAGAUCAUGGAAUCGAUUGGCGUUCCGAGGGUAGAAAUCAAGAAAUUCGCCGAUCCCCUGUAUUGGUUGACCUACUUCCCACCUAUCGCCGUGGCAGACAACAACUCGUUCGGGGCACGAAUUGACUGGCGACGUAGCUUCUUGACCACCCCAGCCAAUCCUUACUAUGACGCGUUCGUCCGGUGGCAAGUGAACAAGUUGCACAGGCUAGGCAAGAUCAAGUUCGGCGAACGUUACACCAUCUACAGUCCCAAAGAUGGCCAACCUUGCAUGGACCACGAUCGCUCGGACGGGGAAGGAGUUGGACCUCAGGAAUACACUGCGAUAAAGAUGCGCGUUCUGGAAUGGAGUGCAGCAGCCAAGUCCGAGAUCGAGUCACAGACCGGGGGGAGAGAUAUUUUCUUGGUUGCAGCUACUCUGCGACCAGAAACUAUGUACGGCCAGACGAACUGUUUUGUUGGUACGGCCAUCAAGUAUGGCGUCUUCGCCGUCAGCGACAAGGAGGCGUACUUGUGCACUUACCGUGCGGCGCGUAAUAUGACAUACCAGGGAGUGUUUUCCCCUCGCGGCCAGAUCCAACAAUUGGCCGAAAUAGAUGGUUCGAAACUGGUUGGCACGAAGAUCAAAGCGCCAUUUGCUAUCAAUCCAGAGGUCUACGUCUUGCCAAUGGAUAACGUUCUAGCCACCAAGGGCACCGGUGUGGUCACAUCUGUGCCAUCCGACUCUCCUGAUGAUUUCCAAACCCUCACCGAUCUACGCAAGAAACCCGAGUUCUACAAAAUUCAGCCCGCAUGGGCAGCGAUAGACCCCGUUCCUGUCAUCAAGACCCUAGCUUAUGGCGAGCUUACUGCACCUGCUAUUGUCAAACAGCUGAAAAUCCAAUCGCAGAAGGAUACUAAGCAGCUGGCGGAGGCCAAGGAGCUGGCUUACAAAGAAGGGUUCUAUAACGGCGUCAUGCUCGUCGGGGAAUUCAAAGGCGAGAGCGUCGUGGAUGCGAAGCCCAAAGUCAGGAAGAGUAUGAUCGAUGCAGGAGAUGCGUUUGCAUACGCUGAGCCUGAAGGGUUGGUCAUAAGUCGAAGUGCGGACGAGUGUGUUGUUGCUUUGAUGGAUCAGUGGUAUUUGAACUAUGGCGAGGAGCAUUGGAGAGCGCAAGUCGAGGGCUUGCUGAAGAAGAUGCAGCUGUAUUCACCAGAGACGAGGCACUCGUUUGAGAAAACUUUGGCGUGGCUCAAUCAAUGGGCCUGCGCGAGAACGUAUGGGUUGGGUUCAGUCCUUCCUUGGGAUCCCCAAUUUUUGGUCGAAUCGCUCAGUGAUUCUACCAUCUAUAUGUCAUAUUAUACUGUUGCUCAGCUCCUGCAUGGUGACAUAGACGGCAGUAAGCCUGGACCCUUGGGUAUCACAGCCGAUCAGAUGACGGACGAGGUUUGGGAAUACAUCUUCUGCAAUGGACCCUUCCCCGACCCAGCUCCGAUACCCAUCGAGAAAGCCAAUGCACUUAAACACGAAUAUGAGUACUUCUACCCCUUCGACAUCCGCUCCUCAGCCAAGGAUCUUGUACCCAACCACUUGACUUUCGCUUUGUACAAUCAUGUCGCUAUCUUCCCUGAAGACAAAUGGCCACUUAGUAUGCGCACGAACGGUCACCUCUUGCUGAAUGGAAAGAAGAUGAGCAAGAGCACAGGCAAUUCCUUGACGCUGAAGGAGGCUAUACAAAAGUUCGGUGCCGAUGCGACAAGGCUGAGCUUGGCUGACGCAGGCGAUGGAGUUGAAGAUGCAAACUUUGACGAAAAGACGGCCAAUGCCAAUAUUCUGAGAGUGCAUACUCUGAUUGGCUGGUGUGAUGAGAUGGUCAAGGAUAAAGACAACCUACGACAUGGCCCCAAGGAUUCGUAUCACGAUAAAGUCUUCGAGCACGAAAUCAACGACUUGAUCAACAUUACGCAAAGCCACUACGAAGCUACCAACUACAAAGAUGCGCUGAAGUAUGGCUUUUACGAGUUGCAAACCUCCCGUGAUUGGUACAGAGAAGUCACUCAGGACAUUGGUAUGCACGCCGAUUUGGUGAUGUACUGGAUCCGUAUCGCUUCUCUCCUCGCGGCACCCAUCGCUCCUCACUUCGCCGAACACAUCUAUUCUACCACCCUCAAGUCCCCAAAUUCCAUCCAACAAGCCCUUUGGCCCACACCAUCGGAGCCCAUCGACCCCUCCAUCAUUGAAAGUGGACAAUACAUGCGAGGAUUGAUCAAGACCAUCCGCGAUGCUGAAGUUGCCCUCGUUAAAAUGAUGAGUCGGACUAAGGGAAAAUCUAGCAGUCCACCUAUAUUUGAUCCGAAGAAGGCGAAGAGUGUCCGUAUCUACGUCGCCACGGCCUUCCCAGAGUGGCAAGAUGCUUGCGUAGCCAUUGUAAAGGAGGCGUACUCUGAGGAAGUCAACAAGGUGGACGACACUAAAGUGAAGAAGCUGCUGACUGAGAGGGGUUUCAUCAAGGAUAAGCGAGCUAUGCCUUUUAUCCAGGCUUUCAAGAAACGAAUGGCCCAAUUUGGUGCCCAGGCAGCAUUCCGACGGACACUACCCUUCUCGGAGAUUGCGGUGCUAAAGGAAAUCGCCCUAUACUUCAAAAAAUCGUUGAAUUUAGUAGAUGUCGAAGUCAUCUCGGUGGAAGAUGCUUUGAAGCAUACAGAUGAGGCAGGGUAUACGAAGAGUAUUAUUGACUCAUCGGAGCCAGGCAAUCCAGCGUUUGAAUACCGUAAUGUUUAG